AUUCUAAAAAAGGGGGGGAAGUCGUUUGGGCUUCCAUUUCAAAGUGGAUGUUAGGAACAGUAGCCCACGGCCAAUAUAAUAAUAAUAAUAAAGUCACAUAAAUAUCUUUUAAAAGCUUGAGCGAGUAUCGUGUGCGGGGGUUACUUGUAUUAGCGCGUGGGGCUAAUGACGGCGGUUGCCAUGGAAAUAUCAACGGGACCGUCAUUGUGUCUCGCGCAUCAUUCCGGACUCACUGACACAAUGUCGGAGGAUGAAAGGAGAGCCGCGGAGGCGAUUUUCCCUCCGCUACAGCAAGGAGACAUUUAUGUCGACACAGGUUCCUCUGGGCCUGAUGAUAUUUUCGACGAGGACUCGUACUCUCCGUCCUCCCUCUCCUCGUCCUCCUCGGCCUCCAUCCGCACGGUGGGCUCCCUGCAGGGGAAAACCGUGUGCACCUCCUGCGGCCUGGAUAUAGUAGACAGAUACCUCCUCAAGGUGAACGACUUUUGCUGGCACGUGCGCUGCCUCUCGUGCAGUGUUUGUAACACAUCACUAGGGCGUCAUGUGAGCUGCUACAUUAAGGACAAACAGGUUUUCUGCAAACUCGACUACUUCAGGAGGUAUGGGACCCGCUGUGGCCGCUGUGGCCGUAACAUUCACUCCAGCGACUGGGUGCGUCGGGCUCGAGGCAGCACCUUCCACCUGGCCUGCUUCUCCUGCACCUCCUGUAAGCGGCAGCUGUCCACAGGGGAGGAAUGCGGACUGCUAGAGAACCGGGUCUUCUGCCGGCCACACUAUGACAUCAUGAUGGAGAAUAUCAAACGCACUAAAGAAAAUGAGCAACCAAAAGCAGCAGCAGAGGAGGAGGAGGAGGAGGCCGAGAAAGAAGAGUCAGGCACCCUGAGCAGACCCGCUAAGAGGGCCAGGACCAGCUUCACUGUGGACCAGUUACAAGUAAUGCAAACUCAGUUUACUAAAGAUAACAACCCAGACGCACAGACUCUACAGAAACUGGCAGAGUGGACCGGUCUCAGUCGCAGAGUUAUUCAGGUUUGGUUUCAGAACUGUCGAGCUCGACAAAAGAAAUACAUCAGCCCAAAUUCUGCCUCCUCCCUGAUGACAUCCUUUGCUCCUGGUCAGCUGACGCCACCUUUGAUGGAGGACCUGCAAUACACAACGUACAUUUCCCCGGACACACCCCUCCUCACCACGCUGACUUACAUGGAAGUCCAAAAUCCGGACCCGCUUUUGCUUCAGCCACUCAUCUCUCAUUCCCUAACACAACUGCCAGUCAGCCAUACCUGAGCUGCAGCCCGCCUCUCUACAACGGACGACAAUGAUAAUGGCUGAUGAUUGGAUGAUGACAACCAAAGGCCACGGCAGCAGUUGGUCUAUUCGUAUCGUUAAAUGCAUCGCGUGUGGCAGCCAGAGUUAAUUUCAUCGGAUCACACAGACAGGGACAAUGAAAGUGUCAAUGCAACCUUUGUUAAUAUGUAUAUGUUGUGCAUUUCUUUGUUUAAUUUAUUAGGAAAAAAUGAUCGAAUAUGGCACUUUAUGUGUAAUGAACUUUUCAGUUUCAAGCCUUUUAUUUAAGGAUGUGUUGGAUGAUCGAAUUGUAAGUUGGGCAUUCGAGUGGUUGCUCCUGCUCCUACUCCAAAGUUUGUUACUGACCGAUGUGUAGAAAGUACUGAUGCAGACUGUCCUCCGCUUGCAGUGCCUAAGUAGGCUCCUCUCAAAACUUCCACUUGUCUUAUUUUGGGAAAAAAAAAAGAUUAAAUGCAAUGCAACAUUUAAAUGUUUCCUUAGCUAGAAGCCAUGUAUGAAGUGCAACAUGACAUGUUUGACCUGCUGGGAAUUAAAAGUCUACGGCUGCAACACAAUGUGCUGUUUGAGUUCACAUGCUUUGGACUGUUUCUAUUUGUGUGACAUUGUGCAGUACUCGUACUUAGAGCUUUGCAGAGGAUAUAUUAAAUUAUUUUAGAAGUUC